GAGCACCCAAGGCUCUUCUCAUGGCCACCGCAACAGCCCCUGAAUGCAGCUGAUCUCGCUGUCUUUCCGCAAUGAAGAGUUCUACUCAUGGCCCAGCACCAUUCCUUCGAGUUCGAGCCCGUGAACCGCUUUGGCGGCGCGAGUGCGGCCAUACGAAGACCCAGAGUAUGCGCAGACAGUAGGUAGAGACAACGUUCGCCAGACUAAAGCUUCUCAGGAAAUCACUCACUUCUCUUAUGACGAGGAUCACAAGUUUCGACUCGAUGCAUCCAGCCUGCGCUAUUACUACCCUCCGACCCUCCCAUGCGACCUCAACCGAGGUUUCGAGACCUUCCGACAGCUCGAUGAUUCCGCCGACGAUCAUCUUGACGGACUUUUGGAAGCUAUUGUAGCAUAUGAGAAGGAGAAAGGAGCCAAGACUGAGAUUGACAUUAUAACAUGGCGAGGCAUGAUGACCAAGAUCAUGGUAGUCCCAUACUCCAAGCUGGACUCUUGGGAAAUGAACGCAACACUAUUUCAGGGCACUAUCUUCAUCGAAGAAAACCAUACCAAGAAACUCUCCUCGCGACAGGAGCAGUUCUCUGCGGCAGCUCGCCCGAACGCCAUGUCCCAGGAUAUCAUGAGUUUCUGGGGUUACAAGUUUGAGACCAUCUCGCUCUUACCGGAACCCUGGUCGCUCGUAUCGCGCGAGCAUAUCGAGUCACGCGAGGACCAGGUCGUGAGCAAUUAUGCACAAUACUGCUCGAUCGUGCGUACUGGUCUAGGCAAGAUCAAAAUGAUCAUUGGCGGAGAAGUAGACGCCGUGCUGGACUUCAAGCCAGAAGACAAAUCCCAGCCGGUCAAUUGGGUCGAACUGAAGACCACAGCCGCAGUCGUCAACGAGCGCGAACAGAUCAAGUUUGAAAGAAAGCUGUUGAAAUUCUGGGCUCAAUCAUUUCUGCUCGGCGUGCCUAAGAUUGUCGUCGGAUAUCGAACUCCCCAAGGGAUCUUGGAGCGGAUCGAAGAGCUCGAAACUCAGACAAUACCAGAUAAAGUCCGACAAAAGGGUAAAUAUCUGUGGGAUGGCCAGAUCUGCAUCAAUUUUGCUGCAAGCUUUCUCGAGUGGUUGAAAGGCGUCAUGACUGAAGACGGUGUCUGGCGUAUCAGAAAGCGGGAAAAGGUUCCUGUGAUUGAAGUUUUCAAGCUCGAAGAAACUGGUCACGGAGAUAUCCUCUCGCAGGCCUUUUUGGACUGGCGUAGUAAGGAACUGGCUGCGUAUCCCACUCAGCAUUCGGCAGGGACCGCGCAUAUCAAUGGAAAUGGUCAAGUACCUGAGCCUGGAUGAACCAUGCGGUUGUCACGGUACAGCUCAACCUUCUGCCUAGGCCACCCAGGAAGGAUUUGAGGCCACUGGACUCUAGAAAAUCAGUCCUCAGCCGCGGUCGAAGAUGCAGUAUGAGGCUGCCCCGGCUCUUGGCUGGCUCUCGCUUCCCGCUUUCGCUGAGCUGCAACAGCUUUCUUAUGCCCUCGACUUGCGAGAUGACCAUUCCAUUCUUUUUCGGUCAUCAACGUCUUAUCGCACGUGUUACAUGUUCUCGCAACACGGUCGCUCCCUAGAUUUUGCUCAUCAGCAGCGGAGAGCAUUUUAGCUGCCAGCUCGGAAAGGCUUUUGUGGUCAGGGAGCUUUUCACCGACCAGAAACGACCGCACAAGUCUCUGUGCUUGGGCUGCCACUUCAGUAUCCCAAUUGUCAAGAUUUGAGCAAUCGAGGAGAAACAGCAUGCCGAAUUCAUCAGCUCCUUCCAAUGCAUUGGCCAGUCGGAUCCGAAUAUAGCGAUUCUGACGCUUCGCAUAUCGCCUGGUGCCGGCUUUGACAGACUCAAUGGCCUCGGUCAAGGCGCGAGAUGCUUGAGGAGACUUGGGCUCAGGGGUCUGCCCUCCAUCCAGCCAGCUUGCCAUCUCUUUAUAGCCGAUGGACACCCAUAUCCCUUUAGUCUUGUCCACUGGGACACCUUGCUGGAACAGUUCUUUUUCGAAGUUCGUCAGAGCAACUGCAUCAUCGAUCAGGCCACGAUUGACCAUCGCAUCAACCCGGUCAUUGAGCCGCACUUUCAGCACGGCAUCUUCAGCUUCUAACCACAGCAGCAAUGUUGGGUAACGCAGAGCAGCCUCUUCAUUAGCCAUGCUAGCCUCUUGGCCAAGCCGAGGGCGUUCGGCAUCAUUGUCUGUUGGCCGACUAGGUGGCCUUCUUUCCUGCUGUUCUGCAUAGACUUCUGAAGCCUUUCGCCCAGUCUUCAGCCAUAUCUGGAGCGAUCGCUGGAUUUUCCGCCUGUCUUUGGGAUGCCAUCUCCUCGCCAUGUCGGGAUCAACUUCUUGCAACGCUUGCAGGAUUUCUUCGGUCGGUCUCGACAGGAUCGGAUAGUCGUCUUCCACUCCCUCCACUUGAUCAUCAUCAGGUAUGCUUUCUGCAGCCUCGUCGACUAAGGUUGCGUCCUUAAACAAGAGAGCAUGGGUGUAGUAGUGCGUCCCACCAACGACUAUGGGAAGCUUGCCUCGAGUUCUGAUGUCGUGGAUAAUGCGAUUGCUUUCUUUGACAAACUGGUUUACUGUCCACGGCUGCUCCUCCAGCCUAACAAAAUCGAGUAGGUGAUGAGGUACACCAUUGCGCUCGUGCUCUGGAAUCUUGUUCGUGAUGAUUGGCAACCCUUUGUACAUUUGCAUAGCAUCACCGUUGAUGAUUUCGCCAUUGAAUUGUGUGGCUAACUCAACUGCUAGCUAUCUGUAGCGAUUAAUAUAGACUGUAGACACAGGGACAAGCAUGUUCACCUUUGACUUGCCCGUACCAG